CCCAGGUAAUGAAGAGCAUACUUCACUCAUCCUGGACAUAAUUUCACAAGGAAACACGAUGUCUUUGUGGUGCUUGCUGCUGCUUUUGGCUCUCCCAGACCCAACCGUGAGCACCAACCCUGGAGUCAAGGUCCAAAUUACCCAGAAAGCCUUGGACAAUGGCCGACAAAUUGGAAUCGCGUAUCUGGAGGAGAAGCUGAAGUCUGUCAAGAUCUCUAAUAUCUCUGGAUCUGAGGAUGUUUCUCCCAUUGGUGACGUCGAGUACAGACUCUCAGGUAUGAGAAUCACAGACUUGGGCCUGCCGCAGUCCUCUCUGGGCCUCGUCCCCGGCACUGGUAUCAGUCUGUCCAUUGGCAACGCCUUCAUCAAUCUGCACGGAGACUGGCAUGUCACAUACCUCGGGUUCAUACAAGACAGUGGCUGCUUUGAUCUCGACAUAAGUGGUCUGACCAUCAAGGCCACCAUCAGUGUGGGCAGCGACGAAACGGGACGACCCAGCGUAAGCAGCAAUGACUGCGUGGCCAGAGUGGGUGACGCCAACAUCGAUUUUCAUGAAGGGGCCAGUUGGUUGUACAACCUUUUUACAAGCUUCAUUGAUCAAGCCUUGCAUGAUUCUUUAGAGAACCAGAUCUGCCUUUUGGUGCAUGAUGCCAUAUCUGAUCUAAACUCCCACCUGAAAACUCUGAAUGUGCUAGCUACAGUGGAUAAGUAUGCUGAAAUUGAGUACUCUAUGGUUACUCCUCCCUCCAUUUCAAACUUCCUCAUUGAGUUAAGCUUAAAGGGUGAGUUCUACAACAUCGGCCAACACCAGGAGCCUCCCUUCUCUGCGCCACCUUUCUCCCUGCCCCCUCAGACGAGCAGCAUGCUGUACAUCGGCCUGUCCUCCUUCAUGGCCAAUUCAGCAGGCUUUGUCUACAACAGAGCCAGACCUCUCAGCCUGUACAUCACCGACGACAUGAUCCCCUCAAGCUUUCCCAUGAGGUUGAACACUAGAACAUUUGGAGCUUUCGUUCCAGAGAUCUCCAAACGCUUUCCUGACAUGAAAGUGAAGAUUUUGCUGAAAACAUCCACGCAACCUAAGGUGACCUUUGAGCCCAAUAACGUGAUUCUGCAGCUCAUCGGAUCUUUCACGGCCUACGCCAUCCUGCCCAACACCACGCUGGAGCCUCUCUUCACCUAUAAAGUGGAUGCCAGUUUCAGUGGCAAUUUCUGGAUAAGUGGACAGAAUCUAGAUGGAUCUCUACAACGGUACAGAAUUGACGUCACAAUGGAAGCUUCAUAUUUUGAAGAUCUUCAUGGCUGCCAUGUUAUUAUCUCAGAUGGCUGGACCACGAUUUUCAAAUCAGGACAAUUAUGUGGACACAUGCCAUCGGAUAUGUAUACAACAUAUCUCAAAGACAUCUUCAUGUUGGUUAUGAAACUGGCUGUAAUACCAAAAGUUAACGAAUACCUUCAGCAGGGUUUUCCUCUUCCAGCCAUUGGUAGAAUGAACCUCAUCAACAGCAAGCUGCAAGUCCAGAAGGACUAUGUGGUGAUUGAAACAGAUGUUCACUUCAGACGGUGAUGUCCUCGUGCUGAAGUCCUGUGCCUGGAAAUGUGUAUAAUCU